AUGGACGCGUAUUGGGUACUUUUGAUGACGAUCUCACUACAUUCUGCUGAGUCCUACAAAUUCCUCGUCUACUCUCCCAUAUACGGUUACUCGCAUACGAACUUCAUGGGCACCCUUGCUGACACCCUAACGGAGGCCGGUCACGAUGUCACAGUCUUAAUGCCGAUAUUGGAUGAAGAUCAGCAAAACAAGACUGGGCUAAAGUUGACCACGAAGGCUAUCAAAACCCCACCGGAUCCGCGUAAUAUGUUCAUGAAGGAGUAUAAAAAUGAGAUAUACAGCAAGAUGUGGACAAUGGAACCAUCCGUGUUCGGAAUGCUUCAGGUAAGCACUGUAAGACGUGACAAAUUCGUAAAGUAG